AUGUCGCUACAAGAAAUGCCGGAAAAAGUUUUAAAUAAUUUGAUGAAUUUUUUGGACUUUAGAGAGAUACUAACUCUCCGGAAUGUGUCUCAUAAUCUCCGAAACCAUAUUGACAAGACCAAACCGGAUUUUUCGAUUAUCCUAAUUUCCAUCCACGCGGAUUUCAAUAAUCAGAAAAACCAAAUUUGGCUCAAGACCCAAGACGACGAACAUUUACAAGUUGCAUAUCAAAAAGAAGAAAAUGGCACUCAACUUUCCUGGGAUCAAAAAUCGAAAUUUCUGGAAAAUGUCAACUAUUCCAGUGUAUUUUUCAACGAUUUUUCAAGGAUUCUGGACCAUCAAAAAUCAGUUUUAACCGAAAUAAAAAUUGCGGCUCAUGUGAUUCCGGAAGAUUUGAAAAAAGUUUUAAAAUCUCGAAAAUCUCCAAUAAAAGCCAAUAAGCUAUUGAUGGAAACCACUCAUCAAUCUCAAGUUUUGGAAGUUUUACCAUUUAUGGAUAUCGAAUUUCUGAAGGAAAUCGGAAUCUAUGAAAUUCGGCAAAACACGGUUCAAGAGCUCUGGAAAAUCGAUAAAAUCGUAGAAACUAGUUACUGGAAAAGAGCUGAAAUUUUUGAAAGCCUCGGAUUCCACGUGGAUGUUUCAGUGGAAAAUUUCAAGCAUUUUUCGAAAGGGACAUGGAGUGUGAGCGCGAUUUCUGCCGAGGAUUUGGACUUUUUGAAAACGAAUUUUCUCCAAUUGCCAACAUUCAAGUUCUGUGUCAUUUAUUAUCAGAUCUUUAAGAACCUGGAUCAAUUAUUAGAACUUUUUGGCGCACCAUUUAUUAUUUACGACUUGGGAAAAGAAAAUCAAAAGCGAUGGUAUUUCAAGUUCCCAGAUAAUUCUGUUUUGAAUAUUUUACUAGUCCCAUCUAUGAUUUUUCUGACUCGAAUCGAAAAAAAUGAAGUUCCGGAAGGAGCGGAAAUUGUUGGUUCUGAAUAA